AUGUCGAGUAUUGCUGGAAAACGACGUGUUCGUACCAUUACGGUCACUGCUUGUAAAAAUAUAUUUGAAAGGGCCAAUGAGUGUAUGACUAAUUUUAGCCAGGAUAGUAACUCUUUUGAGGAACUAUCUAGUUUUAAGGAAGUUUUGAUCGAAAAAUAUAAUAAAGUUAAAGCGAUUGAUGAUGAUUUGAUCAAUUUAAUUGAAGAUGAUGAGGAAUUGUUAAAUGAAGAGAAUUUAGCUAAUGAUAUUAACGAGUCGCAAUCUAGCAGUUUAAAAAGUUUUUCAAAUAAUAACAUUAAACUUCCACCUUUAAAAUUAAGUACCUUUAGUGGAAAGCCAGAGGAAUGGCAGACCUUUUAUAAAAAUUUUGAAUGUGCCAUCCAUAAUAAUAAUGAUCUUUCCCCAAUACAAAAGCUUAACUAUCUAAGAAAUUUACUUGACGGGAAAGCUUUGAAAACAAUUUCAGGCUUAGCAUUAACAAAUGACAAUUAUCAUACAUCAUUGGAGUUACUUAAGGAAAGAUUUAAUGAUAAACAACUGUUAAUUUCGACACAUAUGAAGUCACUUCUAUCUCUAGAGAGAGUGCAAAGUAUUAACAACAUUUCUUCAUUAAGACGUAUUCAUGAUAAUAUCGAAGUUCAAAUUAGAAGUUUAGAAAACUUAGGUAUAGAUUCAACUAUGUAUGGACCUUUAUUGAUUCCUAUUAUAAUGCAAAAAAUUCCAGAGGAGUUAAAUUUGAUUAUUGCUAGAAACUUCGAUUCCUGUGAUUAUUGGGAUAUAAAAUAUGUUUUAAAAUCUUUAAAAGCUGAGUUGCAAGCUAGGGAAAAAGCUCACUCAGGUAGAGAGUGUAAUUUUGAUCCUUCAACAGCAGAAGUAUUACAUUCUAGUGCUUCCUUUAAGCCACAAUAUGAAUUAAAAUGCAUUUUUUGUAGUAAAAGUCAUAAAAGUGAAAGUUGUAAAACUGUAACAAAUAUAAAUUCAAGGAGAAAUAUUUUAAGAGAUAAAAGGCGUUGCUUUAAUUGCCUCAAAUCAGGUCAUAUGUCUAAAGAUUGUCGUUCUAGAAUAAGCUGUUAUGAGUGCUCAGGGAAGCAUCAUAUUUCUAUGUGUUUUAAAAAGUUUCCUUUGCAUAUUGAUGAUAGUAAAGAAUCAAACAAUAAGUUAACGUCUGUUGCUACUACAGAAGCAUUGAAAUCUAAGAAUGUAUUGUUACAAACUGCUAUGGUUACAGUAAAGAAUAAAGAUAAGACACUAAGGUGUCGCCUUUUAUUUGACAGUUGUUCUCAGCUUAGUUAUAUUUCGCCAUCAUUACGAAAGAAGCUCUUUCUACCCACAUUAGGUAGAAAGCAAUUAAAUAUUAAAACUUUUGGAAAUCAGAGCCAAACCCAGACCUUAGAGAUGGUUAAACUUUCUAUACUGACUUUAAAGAAUUCCUUAAUACCUAUAACUUGUUUUGUUAAGCCCAUAUGUGCCCCUCUUAGUGGUCAGUAUAUAGAGGAGGCUGUCGAUUCCUUUGAACAUUUAAAAGGAAUCAAUUUAGCUGAUAGUAAUGUAGAUUGCAAAUCAUUGGAAGUAGAUGUACUUAUUGGAGCGGAUUAUUAUUGGUCAUUUUUUAAUGGCAAGGUAAUUCGCGCCAAUACAGGUCCUGUUGCUUUACAAUCAUCAGUUGAGUGUAGAUAUACAGUUAAAUUACCAUUUAAAAAUAACCAUGCAUUAUUGAGCGAUAACUAUAGUUUAUGUAUAAAACGUCUGAAUGUAAUUCUUAAUAAAUUAAAAAAUGAUUCUGAGCUAUUAAAUGAAUACAAUAAGAUAAUUAUAGAGCAAUUAAAUUCAGGGGUAAUAGAGAAGGUAAAUAAUUAUGAUUCGAGUAUUGGUGAGGUGCAUUACUUGCCACAUCGCCCAGUAUGUCGUAAAGAUAAAACUUCAACAAAAGUGAGAAUUGUUUUUGACGCAAGUUCCACUCUAUCGGGUCCAUCAUUAAAUGAUUGUAUAAAUGCUGGACCAAGUUUAGCUACACCUCUAUUUUUUAUAUUACUACGUUUUCGUGCUAAUAAAUAUGCCUUUAUUGCAGACAUAGAGAAAGCAUUUUUGCAGAUUGCCCUUGAUAAAAAUGAUAGAAAUUAUUUGCGUCUAAUAUGGUUUGAUGAUAUUUAUAAUAUUAAUAAUAGUAAUUUGUUUUCAUCUGCAUUGGCUACUUAUCGUAUAUGUAGAGUGCCUUUUGGUGUUACUUCGUCUCCAUUUCUCCUCAAUGCCACAUUAAUUUAUCAUGCUGAGAGAUAUUGCCUUAAUGAUAAUAAUAUUUCCUCAAAGUUGUUGCAAUCCUUGCAUAUAGACGAUUUGAUUUCUAGCUGUGUUACCAUUGAAGAAGGUAUUUUAUUUUUUAAUAAAUGUAAAGACAUAUUAAAAGAAGGAGGUUUUAACUUAAGAAAGUUUGAGUCUAAUUCUUCAGCCUUUGAGAAAUAA